CUGUCUUUCGGCGUCGGGGUCUCGCUAGGUCACGAUCUCUCUCUCGGGGACUCUCGCUCGCGCCCCUCUCCAUCUCCACCCCCUUCUCCAUCCCCCGGGAGUCGGGGGGCCGCUCCUCUAGAGACCACCACGCCCCGCGCCCCGCCCCGGUGCCCGCUCCCCAGGACGCCGCGGGGCCAUGGCUGCGGGACCCGAACUUUAAGCACUUCUCCCCGGACCGCUGCGGAUGCGCAGAGCCAGCAAAGGUCCGCGCUGCCAUGGACUGUAGCUGUGUCUCCGACCUGCUCUUCGCGCCACCCGCCCUGCCGGCUCUCUGGACCCCCGGCUUCGCCUUCCCCGACUGGGCCUACAAGCCCGAGUCCUCGCCAGGCUCCAGGCAGAUCCAGCUGUGGCACUUUAUCCUGGAGCUGCUGCAGAAGGAGGAGUACCAGGGGGUCAUCGCCUGGCAGGGGGACUACGGGGAGUUCGUCAUCAAGGACCCGGAUGAGGUGGCUCGGCUCUGGGGCAUUCGCAAGUGCAAACCUCACAUGAAUUAUGACAAGCUGAGCCGGGCCCUGCGCUACUACUACAACAAGCGGAUCCUGCAUAAAACCAAGGGGAAGCGAUUCACCUACAAGUUUAACUUCAGCAAAGUCGUGUUGGUCAACUACCCCCUGCUGGACGUGGCAGCAGCCACCACCGGCUCCCCACUCUUGCUGACCCCUGGUCCCUUUGGGGGGGGACCUGGGCCGGAUGCUCCUCCCCUCACCCCUGAGACCCUGCAGACCCUGUUCUCUGCUCCGCGCCUGGGCGAGCCGGGGGCCCGGGCACCCCUGUUCACUCCCGAGGCGGACAAACUGCGCCUGGACAGUCCUUUCCCGUUCCUGGGCUCUGGUGCCACUGGCUAUUCCAAGCCCCCUGGCCUGCUGGGUCCUUAUGGCCGUACCUUUCCAGAAUACCCCUGGAACUUUAAUCCCUACCUCGCCGGCCCUUUCCCCAAGCUGCCCCCCUCUCUCUACCCGUCCCAUUUCUACCCCAACCCUCUGGCUGGCUCCCUGGGCCACCUGCCCCUCGCAGGGGCAGGGGCAGGACCCACAGCCUCACCCCUCCUGACGACCGCUGGCGAGGCCCUAAGUUCGGAGCGGCCCUCAGGCCUGGCAGGAGCCUCCCGCCUGGCCCUGCCCGGCGCAGGGGGCCCAGAGGCGGCGCUGGGCGGGAAGGAGGACAGCGACUCCGAGCUGGAGAUCACAGACGUGAGCGGCUGCAGCUCCGACAGUGAGGGCGAGGAGGGGCUUCCCGCGCCCCCCAAGGCCAAGGCGGGGAAAGGAGGGGUGGGCAGCUGAGCCUGCCUGAAGUGAGGGGUUCUGCGGAG